AUGUCAAGUAAUAAUUCAGAGGUUGAAGAACUGAGAGCAUCAGGAAAUAAAAAAUAUAUUGAAAAGAGAUAUAAAGAAGCAAUAACAAUCUAUCAACAAGCUAUUAAAUUAUCAAAAGAUGAUGCAACAUUCCCAUCAAACAUGGCAGCAUGUUGCUUUGAAUUGGGUGAUUAUGAUAGAAAUCUUGCUCGUAUUGCUAGAAUUGUACAUUUAAAGAAACCAAAACAAGAGUUGAUAGAGUUUGUUAAUCAAGUCAUCGAUCAACUCGAUCAAGAUAUUCUUAAAGACAAGUCGUUUGAUUUUGAAAAGAUCAAGAAAUCAGUAGACACUUUGGAUCAAGAAGAUUGGACUAAAAAGAAUGGUUCUGGUCGUGUGGAUGUGUCAACACUACCAAGUCGUCUGCCUGCAAGAUCAGAUUUGAAAGAAUACUUUAUUGUCGGUCACGACACUCCAAAAAGUGCACUGAGCCCACACGUCGAUGGAGACGAGGUCGAGCCUCAAGGCGACGAUCCAAUGUCCAUCAUGAGAAUAAAAGAGAUUGAAGAGGAACGUAUCCUCUUGCGUAACAAUCCCUCGUUAUCAUUCUUUUACGGUGGUGCUGGAGAUUGCCGUCAUGCAUUGGCCACACUCGCCGAUUUGAAUCGUCAACUCGUCAGAGACGGUCCACCCGAGGCCAAGAUUCACUUUACACUCAACGAUCUCGUACCGUCUGUCAUGGCUAGAGGACUAUUAUUCUUUUCUUUGUUGGAAGAGAUUGGACAUUAUGAUAAUAUUGAAAAAGUGUACAAGGAAAGAGAAGCUGCCAAUGCAGCAGUCGUUCUCUACUAUACCUAUAUUGGUGUCGGUAUGCCAGUGGCUAUAUACAACAUGUUGGUUGCUCGAUUAGAAAAGCUCGUCUCCCUCGGAGACAGCGACCAGCUCCCGAAAUGGAUGUCCAUCAGUGCAGCUGAUUGGCCAGGUAUCAGAGAUUCAUUCAAGUAUUGGAUCGAGGAAGAACCAGUGCUGACAUGGCCACAAGUUAAAAAGAAAGCAACGGACGGCGACUCUACACCCUUGGACCCUGGAGAGGAAUCAUUAGCAUGUGACAAGUUUAACAAGUCAGAGGAUAAAAAAAGCCAACAGAUGGAAGAGAUAAUGAGCCACGUGAAUGACCCAAAGUUUCUGGCCCAGAUGGGUAUCAACCCAAACGACGAAGCAAAAAAGAAGCAAUUGAUUCAGCAACUCACCAAAGAUGGCAUUUUUAAUCAAAUACAAGAAGUACAAAACUCGUAUUUGAAUUUGCCCAGCGAACUAGACUGGCUCCACGUCUUUAGAUACCCCAUGCUCCCCGUGGUUAACGCCGACUAUGGCGAGCAUAUGACACCUGCCAAGGCAAUCAAGGUUCUAGAUGGUUUGUCGGCAAAGGUUCCCAAAAGAGUAGAAUCUUUUAAAAUAUUUGCAAAAGAUGACAUGAUCAAGGUUAAUCCAACCUUUUUCGAUCCCGUAUAUGCUCGCAAAACAUUUGGUGAUACGACAGCCGAUUUUGCCUUUAAACCAAUCAAUAUCGUCGCAGAUUUCAAUCAAUAUGUUUGGGUGGGUCUGCCAAAACACAACAAGACAUUGUUUGACCAUUUCAUUCAUGUAUUUUACCAAACCGCACGUGGCCUAGUCAGAUUGUCAUCAAGCAAUGCAUUGGUCAUUGAAAUGCGUGUAGGUGAUUACCAAUCGGUCUUGGAAAGUGUACGUGACAAUAAGGAGGAGAGAAAGGCAAGUGGAAUGGCAGUUGAAUAUGACAGUAUUUACCUCAGUAACGUACCAGAUUACACUGGUUACUUGAGUGUAUUUACAGACACUAUUGAAAUGCUCAAACCAGUCAAGCACUCGUACAUUGGUUUCAAUAUAUUUCUCAACACUUCAUUGUGGAAAUCAUUCGACGAUACCAUCCACACUUAUCUCCUCGUACCAGGUGCCAAAGCAUUGCCACGAUACCUUGGUGUAAAGUCUGUCGGAACGGGUGAUCUGUGGCAAGGCUUGCGAUUCUCUCGAGUCGAGGGACCCAUCCCAUUGGAUCAAUUAGUCGGUCGUGAUGAAUUGGUCGCUUGGUUAUCACGAUUAUUUAUCAGUAUUGUCACUCCCUCUGCAAUGGAACCUCGUACAGUCCCUAUCAACAGUCCCGACAAUAUUGCAAUGUUUUUCAAAUUCCUUGGUCGUUUGCUUCGAGUUGGAUACCCACCACAUUGGAUAUCUGGUAUGGUCCAGUUAUUACUCACUGGAUCAUUAACAACAGUUGAACCAACUCGUAAAAAAAGAAUUAUGCCUGUACCUCCACCUCGCUCCACUCCAACUUUAAAAAAGCUGUCAAUCAAACCAUGGAUAAUCGACAUUCGUACACAGGCUGCAUUGUGGAUGGACAAGUAUCAAAUUAGAUUGUUGGAUGCUACUAUACCCAGUGCUGCAGAUAUCAAGAGAUACGAUAUCAAAUUCGGCCAUUUCACUGAUUAUGUCAUGGGACCUCGGUCAAACUCUGGUUCUAUAUACGCACCAGUCAUCAUGUUGGCCAUUGAAUAUCCAAAUCAACUCAGUAUACCUUUACACAGAUUCAAUUCAGGGUCGAUUGCAGAUGAUAACCUUAGAUUCCAACUCCUUGACCCUGCACGAAACCAGAUUACCAUUAUCACUACCAUCUUGUGUGAUAAGCAAAAAGUAUCAUUUUGGAUGUCUGAAUCAGACUAUAACAAUCUAGUCUCUCUAAAAGCUACCAUCAAACUAUCUAGAUGUGAUAUUUGGAAAUCAUUUACUGAACCAAUAUAUUUAAAAUAA